UUUUAAAAUUUUUUGCAAAUCGUAAUUCACCACACCACCCGUUGGUAAUCAUUAUAUAUCUAUCUAUAUAUAUUAAUACGCAUACUACUCUCCGUGCUCUCACUUUCAUUUCAAAAACUUCCAGAUUCCUCUUCUUUUGUCUCUUUACCUUUCUCUUCAAUGGCCACUGACACCGAUAAGCUCACACAACUCAAAUCUUCCGUUGCUGGCCUCAGCCAAAUCAGUGAGAAUGAGAAGAAUGGAUUCAUCAAUCUCGUUGCCCGCUAUCUCAGUGGCGAGGCUCAACACGUGGAGUGGAGCAAGAUCCAAACGCCCACUGAUGAGGUGGUGGUUCCUUAUGACACCUUGGCACCUGCUCCUGAAGUUCCAGCGGAAACCAAAAAGCUCUUAGAUAAGCUUGUUGUGUUGAAGCUCAAUGGAGGUUUGGGGACAACAAUGGGCUGCACUGGUCCAAAGUCUGUUAUUGAAGUUCGUAAUGGUUUGACUUUUCUUGACUUGAUUGUUAUCCAGAUUGAGCAUCUCAACUCCAAGUAUGGGUGCAAUGUUCCGUUGCUUCUUAUGAACUCAUUCAACACUCAUGAUGACACAGCAAAGAUUGUAGAAAAAUACUCCAAAUCAAACGUCCAGAUUCAUACUUUUAAUCAGAGCCAGUAUCCUCGUUUGGUGGCUGAUGAUUUUGUGCCAUUUCCAUGCAAAGGGAAGACCGAUAAGGAUGGAUGGUAUCCUCCUGGUCAUGGUGAUGUUUUCCCAUCCUUGAAGAACAGUGGCAAGCUUGAUACUUUAUUGUCACAGGGUAAGGAGUAUGUGUUUGUUGCCAACUCAGAUAACUUGGGUGCUGUUGUUGACUUGAAAAUCUUAAAUCAUUUGGUCCAAAACAAGAAUGAGUACUGUAUGGAGGUGACACCCAAAACCUUAGCUGAUGUGAAGGGUGGUACUCUCAUUUCUUAUGAAGGAAAAGUUCAGCUCCUGGAAAUCGCUCAGGUCCCUGAUCAACAUGUCAAUGAAUUCAAGUCAAUAGAGAAGUUCAAAAUUUUCAAUACAAACAACUUGUGGGCGAACUUAAAUGCGAUCAAAAGACUUGUGGAAGCAGAUGCACUCAAAAUGGAGAUUAUUCCAAAUCCAAAGGAAGUUGAUGGAGUCAAAGUUCUUCAGCUAGAAACUGCAGCUGGUGCAGCAAUUCGGUUCUUUGAUCAUGCCAUUGGUAUUAAUGUGCCUCGCUCUCGAUUCCUUCCAGUAAAGGCAACUUCUGAUCUGCUGCUUGUUCAGUCUGAUCUUUACACCUUGGCUGAUGGCUUUAUUACCCGGAAUCCAGCUAGAAAAAACCCUGCAAAUCCGUCUAUUGAACUGGGCCCUGAAUUUAAGAAGGUCGCUAACUUCUUGAGCCGAUUCAAGUCAAUUCCUAGUAUCAUCGAACUUGAUAGCCUUAAAGUGACGGGUGAUGUAUGGUUUGGUGCUAAUAUAACUCUCAAGGGCAAAGUGACUAUUGAGGCCAAACCUGGAGUGAAGCUGGAAAUUCCUGACGGGGCUGUACUUGAAAACAAGGAAAUCAAUGGUCCUGAGGAUCUCUAAGCAGGUUGUGACAAAUUUUAACGUGGAGUUUCUUCAUCUUUGAUGUUGAAGAAGAUUGAGUCUCGUUUGCGUGUUCUAUUGUCUAUGUUGGAUUUGAGUUACAAAAUUAUUUGAUGAAUAUUUGAUUCAAUCAAAUACCGAUCGUCGAGUGGUUUGGUUUUGCACUUAAUUAAUAUUUCUUCACUA